UACCCAUUUAGAACUUCCCUUGUUUCACGUUAAGGUAAUCACUCAAACCCAGAGCCGCACUAACGACGGGCUACAAACGCACACGUGUACUUCCCCCCUUUCUUGCAAAUGUGGAGUUUUCAUAAAUGGGAAGUUCCACUCAGCGUCAUAUGUACACUGCAGGGUCAGUGCUCAACAUAUGUGACGCAAGUGCUUACAGAUAAAAACGGUGCCAACACAAAUCUCCGCUCAGAUUCACACUGCACAGGCUGGACGGUUGUCCGUUGGACUUACUGUGGAAGACGGCGCAAGGAUGUGGAUCCUGAUUCUUCAGGCGGUUGUCAUUUGUGUUUUCCUGCAGGUGCCGGGGUGCUUUCCAUCAUGUCUUAUAUUUGGCCCUGUAGCCAACUGUGGUAUGCAGAACCUCAGAUGGGUUCCCUCACUGCCGCCCAGGAUCACCCACCUGUAUCUGGAGAUGAACCGCAUCAGUGAGGUCAAUGCUUCGUCCCUGUCAGGCCUUGAAGAGCUGCAGGUGUUGGACAUUGGAAAGCAACACGUACCACUUGUGAUCAGAAACAACGCCUUCAGCAGACAGCAACGUUUGACGAAGCUGGUGCUCGGAUUUAACAUCGGUCUUCGGCUGGAGCCGCAGGCAUUUCUGGGGCUGUCGAAUUUACAGGAGCUUCAUCUGAAUUACUGCUCGCUACGGGAGUCCAUAUUAAAAGACAACUAUCUGGAGCCACUGGCCUCCUUGGAGACUCUUGACCUGUUUGGUAAUCACAUAAAGAGGGUCCAGCCUUCAGUGUUCUUUGCAAAUCUGACAAAGUUAAAGGAUGUGAACUUGAAGCUGAACAAGAUUGAUAUGAUAUGUGAACCAGAUCUUCUUGGUUUCUGUGGGAAACACUUCCAAAUGCUGAAUCUGAACUCCAUCCAACUUACAGACAUGUCAAGUCGAAGUUUUGACUGGAAGGAAUGUGGGAAUCCUUUUAGGGGGAUGUCCUUUCAGACACUAGACUUGUCCUACAAUAUGUUCAGCACAGGCAAAUCGAAGCAGUUCUUCAGAGCCAUAGAGGGUACUAAGAUUUCCCAUCUCAAACUGUCAGGACCCAUGGGGAAAGGAUUUUCGCACAACAAUCUUCCUGAUCCAGACAACGGUACAUUUGAAGGCCUGAGGAACAGCGAAGUCCGCAUUUUGGAUCUGUCAAAAAACAGAAUAUUUGCACUGCAUCCAAGGGUUUUUCAUCCACUCAAAGAGGUUGCGGUCAUUGAUGUCUCCAAAAAUAACAUCAACCAGAUCCUCAGAAAUGCUUUUGAAGGUCUUCAGGGUCAUUUAAAAUCACUGAACCUAUCAUACAACCUGCUCGGUGAGAUCUACAGUUACACUUUUCAAUCUCUGACGAAUUUGGAAAUAUUAGAUUUGUCUUACAAUCACAUUGGGGUGCUGGGAUAUGGCUCAUUUACCGGCCUUCCCAAAUUAAAAGCCUUAUCUCUAACAGGAAACUCCCUCAGAGAGCUAGGCUUUCCCGCGUCUUUGCCCAGUUUGGGUUAUCUCUUCUUGAACGAUAAUAAAUUGACACCUUUGUCCGUGAACAGCCUCAAACGUUUUGCCAGUAAUGUAAGCUAUCUGAAUGUCAACGACAACAGAUUCACCAAUCUGGGGAAUGUUUACAUCUAUUUAUCUCAGUUCAAACACCUUCAGUAUCUGGCUUAUGGGGGAAACACCAUUAGGACCUGCAGCAUCACGAUAAACCAUUCUCCACUCAGGAGUUUCCAAACCCUGGAUCUUCACAGCAGCUCCAUGCAGGCUGUUUGGACUCAGGGCAGAUGCCUUAAUCUCUUUGACAAUCUCGGCAGUCUGCUGAGACUCAAUCUGAGCUUCAAUGCGCUGAGAUCUCUACCUGAGGGCAUUUUCAAGGGUCUCACCUCAGUCGUGGAGAUUGACCUCUCAUCCAACGCUAUCACAUAUCUGCAAGCAGACGUCUUCCCCCGAAGCCUGAAAACACUUAGUCUCGCCAACAACUUCAUCGCCUCCCCCGACCCCGUCGCUUUCUGCUCCCUCAGCACGCUGGACCUAACCUCAAAUCGGUUCCACUGCGACUGUAAUCUGAAGAGCUUCCUGACGUGGCUCAACAAGACCAAUGUGACAUUCGUGAGCCCCGUCAACACACUUAAAUGUGAAUUUCCUUUAAAUUUAAAUCAAGUUCCUCUGGUAGAUUACUUUCUUCAGCUAACACAGGAACAAAAACAAAAUGACUAAAGUUCAAAUUCAUUUGGACGUAACUAAAAUGA